AUGGCUUCACACAAGCCGAGCGUCUCUGUCACGCUCCCUCGCGAUUUCAAGUUCUCUCACGACGACACAGAGACACCACAAACACCCGCUAGACCCUCCACAGCUGUGGACUCGUUCGACCUCGAAGCGCCUGCACUUCCAAAGCAGACAUUCAAGCUGCGACGUCGUCCACGCGACCAGCAGACUGGCGCGAUGGACGAGGCCCCCAUUCUGCCCAGUAUCGAGAUGACCGAAGCGAGUGAGCCGGCUCACCACACCUCUACCUACUUCAUGUCGACUCCGGGAUAUCUCGCGCCACGUGCUGGACACCUACGCCUCUCGUCACCACCAAAGACGCCUGCAUCGCAGGUAACAUCCUACAACAUUGAAACAACAGAUGCCACUGAAUGGUCCAUGUUUCACCCUAUUCACCUCAACGACAUCAUCCAGCGACCUUCUUCAGCACUCUCGACAUUCUCUGACUCUUCCGCGACAUCUCACGGAAGCAGCUUCGACUCCAAAUCCUCCUUUGAUGCUGGCAGCUGCACGAGUCCUGAAAGCGACAUUGGUGAUCCCUUUGCCUUCUUCGAACGCAAGUCUGGAGCACCAGGAUCAACCACUCCGUCCAGUGGAUUCCCCAAUGCGAAGCGCGUCAAGACGAUGCGCCAUCCUCAUUUCAGUCCCGAGAUGGACAACCAUCUCUGGUUCACCUACAUGAGCUACGUCCAGGAUCCGAGGGUCACUCCGUUUAAGAUGCUACCUGGCACCUCACCACCUCUGGGCGUCUGUCAUCGUGUUGCACGAGAGGCAAAGGCAACUUGGAGAGCAAACCGCUUGUCAUGUGCUCCUCAUGGCAUUCCACGUAUCUCCAUCCAGUGUGCAGACUCGUCCGAUCCUGUCAGUCUAUCUGAUGCCAUGGACCAAUCCACUCCCACUGCCGCGUAUUCACACAACCCCGUCGCACUUAAGUGGCCGCGCUCGNAGGGUGCUACGCGUCGUCGUCUGCGUGAGUUGUGCAAGCGUAAGCCUUCUCUCUCCGCUCACUACAUGAGACUUUUGCGCACUCNNGCAGCCCCUCCCCCCUUCGAGUCUUCCAGCAGCGUCAGUGCUAGUAGCAGUCCGAACCAGCCCCUUGCCCCUGUUGCUCAGCCCCCUACUCCUCAGCCUUCGUCGUUCUCCAGUCGCAGUCUAAAUGUGUCGCUGGCCGAGGCCACCGCUCCUUCGAUGCAGCCAGAUGGUCCGCUUGCUCAACUUCACAAGCGUACUCCCCAGGCCCCAAUGGCUCCUCAGCAGCGUCGUGGCUCGGACUGCUUGGUUUAG